AUGCAGUUGUUGAAGAACUCUGAAGAACGAGGGGGAUUGAAGAUCAACAUGACCAAAAUGGCAUGUGCACCGAUUCUGCGGCUGACACAACGGACAUGGCAACCUGAUGAGACGGAGGAGGAGGUAGUCCAGGACUCAAACCAAAGCGACUACAGCGUCCAUGAGCCAGACAAUGACAGGGACACACCCAGUGAGGUCUUAGAGGAAGAACAUGGUCAACAAGCACCAGUCACAGAUCAACCUAGACAGGGACCUGAUCAUAGCGGCAGGAAAGGAAAGAUCAAGUGGCCACCAAGUAACAGCAAGGCAGAAUGGAAGAAGUUUGACGAAGACGUGGAUGCCAUUCUGGCUGCAUCAUCAGCAGGUGGGGUAGAUAGGAAAAUAGAGGGAAUGUCAGCUAUCAUAUACAAUGUAGGACUCGAUAGGCUUGGAUUGGAAGAACAGAAACAGCAGGGAAGAUCAAUCAAUAAGAGCAGGAGACAACAAGAGAUGGCCAAGCUGAGGAAAUAUCUGAGACAAUUGGCAAGGCAAUACAGGUUAGCAUCAGGAACGUUAACAGCAGGAAAGGAAGAGGUGGAGGAUCACUUGAGGGACAUGCAUAGCGACCCAAUAAGAAACGAGAAUCUGCCUGACUAUGAGAAGCUAAUCCGCCCUGAAGAACCAGAGCAACCAUUCGAUGAGUCUGAACCGAAACUCAAGGAAGUGAGGGAAGUCAUCAGGAAGGCCAGGGCAGGAUCAUCUCCAGGCCCAAAUGGAGUGCCCUAUAAAGUUUAUAAGAACUGUAGCAGACUGACAGUUAGACUCUGGAUGUACUUGAGAAUUGUAUGGAGAAGAGGACGUUUAACUGAUAGCUGGCACCAAGCGAAAGGAUGCUUCAUACCAAAAGAAGAGAACUCUGAGUUACUCAACCAGUUUCGGACAAUCUCCCUACUAAACAUCGAGGGGGAGAUUUUCAUUGCAAUAGUGGCAAAGAGGAUGACCACCUACAUGCUGACCAAUAGGCAUAUAGAAAUAUCGGUGCAGAAAGGAGGAGUCCCAUGCGUGUCGGGAUGUGUCGAACACACAAGUGUCCUAUCACAGAUUAUUCGGGAAGCAAAGGAACAGAAGGGAGGGCUGGCAGUGAUCUGGUUGGAUUUAGCCAAUGCAUAUGGGUCUAUGCCUUAUAAGGUGGUCCAGCUGACCCUCGAGCGUUACCAUGUUCCCGAGAAGAACAGACAUCUGUUGGAAGAUUACAUUGACAGACUUCAGUUAAAGUUCACCCUACGAGAUUUGACAACAUCGUGGCAGCGCUUGGAGGUGGGGAUAGUUACAGGUUGCACUGUGUUAGUAAUCCUGUUCUCAGCAGCUAUGAACCUAAUGGUGAAGUCACUCGGGAAGAUGAGUAGAUGGCCAUGGAUGAAAGGAGGUGUGCGGCAACCGCCGUUGAGAGCAUUCAUGGACGACAUGACCAUCAGUACCAAGACAGUGGUGGAGGCAAAAUGGACUCUCGAGGAAAUAAAGGAUAUCAUCAGCUGCGCUCGGAUGAGAAUCAAGCCAGUAAAGUCCAGGAGCUUGGUACUAAGGAAAGGGAAAGUAUGCAGAGAGGUAUUCAAGAUUGGAGAGGACAUCAUUCCAACAGUCUCCGAGAAGCCAGUCAAAUGCCUGGGGAAGUAUUUUGAUGAUACUUUGAACAGCUGGAGAAGAGGCGAGUGUCAGUAG